GUAGCUGCUCGCGCCGUACCGCGCCCGCGGGUUGGAGCCUGGGGCUCGAUUUGGUUGCCACGCCGGGAAGGGGUGGCCUUGGAGCCGGCUGGCUGCAGUGAUGGGGCUGGGGAAGAGCUGGAUGAGUCUUCUGACGAGGAAUCUCGGUUUUGGGACAUGGUGCAUGCGGACCAAAAUGCUGAUAAACCGUCAAUGGAUAGAGUUGCAUCUGGUGUUGGAUCAGAUAAACUGUCGGUGUCAGUGAUGGAGGGAGAUUCAGUGAUUUUUCACACUGGUGAUAAAACAAACCAACAAGAGGAUAUUAAAUGGUAUUUCAUUGACACUCGCAUCGCUCAGAUCAGUGGAGAUCUCCGUUUUAUCUGUACAGAUGUUCAGUGUAAUGAAGGGACUGAGAGAUUCAGAGACAGACUGAAGCUGGAUCAUCAGACUGGAUCUCUGACCAUCAUGAACAUCACAACCACAGACUCUGGAGAAUAUAAACUGAAGAUCAUCAGUAGUACCAGCAGCAGUGAAAAAAACUUCAAUGUUAUUGUCAAAAUUGCAUCUGGUGUUGGAUCAGAUAAACUGUCGGUAUCAGUGAUUGAGGGAGAUUCAGUCACUCUACACACUGGUGUUGACACAAACCAACAAGAGGAUAUUAAAUGGUAUUUCAGUGACACUCGCAUCGCUCAGAUCAGUGGAGAUCUCCGUUUUAUCUGUACAGAUGAUCAGUGUAAUGAAGGGACUGAGAGAUUCAGAGACAGACUGAAACUAGACAAUCAGACUGGAUCUCUGACCAUCAUGAACAUCACAACCACAGACUCUGGAGAAUAUAAACUGAAGAUCAUCAGUAGUACCAGCAGCAGUGAAAAAAACUUCAAUGUCAUUGUCAAAAUUGCAUCUGAUGUUGGAUCAGAUAAACUGUCGGUGUCAGUGAUGGAGGGAGAUUCUGUGAUUUUUCACACUGGUGAUAAAACAAACCAACAAGAGGAUAUUAAAUGGUAUUUCAGUGACACUCGCAUCGCUCAGAUCAGUGGAGAUCUCAGUAAGAUCUGUACAGAUGUUCAGUGUAAUGAAGGGACUGAGAGAUUCAGAGACAGACUGAAGCUGGAUCAUCAGACUGGAUCUCUGACCAUCAUGAACAUCAGAAACACUGACUCUGGAGAAUAUAAACUGAAGAUCAUCAGUAGUACCAGCAGCAGUGAAAAAAACUUCAAUGUCAUUGUCAAAAGUGUUCCUGCUGCUGAACGAGAUGAAGUAAAGACAAACGAGGGAGAAUCUGUCACUUUAGAUUCUGGUGAAAGAAGAAAACCAAAUGAUGUGUUGACAUGGUUUUUUGAUGACACUCUCAUCGCUCGAGUUACUGGUGAUCCCAAUAAAACCUGUACAGAUGUUCAGUGUAAAGAUGAUGACCAGAGAUUCAGAGACAGACUGAAGCUGGAUCAUCAGACUGGAUCUCUGACCAUCAUGAACAUCACAAACACAGACUCUGGAGAAUAUAAACUACAGAUCAAGAGCAGCAGCAGUUUCAGUAUCACCAGAGAGAAGAGAAUCAGUGUUAAUGUCAUUGAUUCAGGGUUAUCUUCAGCUGCUGUAGCAGGAAUAGUUGUUGUUCUGCUUGCAGUUGCAGCUCUGAUUGCUGGUUUGAUUUACAUUUACCAUCGCUCCAAGAGAUACAGCAGAGCACCACAGCAUGUGAAUGGUGUUAAUAAAGACAUUGCUUUGAGUGACAAAGGACAUCUUUAAAUCAAUCUCAAGGUGAAACUGGCUAAAUAAUAAUAACAAUAGUAGUAAUAAUAAUAAUAAUAAUAAUAAUAAUAAUGGAGAGAAGAGAAUCUUCAGAGUAAUUGUGUCAUGAGUCCAGGAUUUCAAUUUCAAUUUAAAAAAAACUGAUUUGUUACAUAUUUGUAAAUGAAUUAAGAAACAUUUAGACUAACAUAAUAUAUAUGAGCAAUACUGUAAAUAACUAAACAACACGUGGGAAUAGAUGUAUUUUUCAAUAAAUGCAUUUUUCAAAGCUGCUGAAGUGUUCUAGACAGGAAUGAUGAGCGAUUAUUUCUUUCUUAUCUUUUGCAAAAAGACAUAAUAAUGCUUGUCUGUUAUAACAUCAUUUGUUUUCUCUUGCCUGUUCACAUCCUCCUACAACUGUGACACAAUGAUUGCGAUUUCCACAAUUGCCUCACAGAGAAGAGCAUUAUACAGAAAUGUCUCUCCUCCCACUCUUAGUGGAGGACAAAAGUGCUCUUCAAAGUCUGCACUACUGAUACUCUAAAUGUUUGUACUGACUGAUGUUUGAAUGUUUGACUGAGAUUAUUAUGUUACAAAUGCAUAUUUGGAUUCGUCACUAACAUUAACCCAGGCUGGAACAAACUCUGAAUGGCAUUGAUUUUUAUAGCCCACAGUAUGUCCACCCUGUAAGCCUGGAAAGUCACUGAUUUAUUUUGAGGUUAAUGAAAGACCUACUGUAGCUGAGAGUAUUUAGGCUCAGUGCCUGUAACUGCAUGCGGUGUCAGAACAUGUUUCUCUGGUGAUUGGUAAUGUGCUGUUUUUUUUUUUUUUUUUUUUUCAUGAAUAAAUAAGAACUGGACACAAAUGUUUGGUUUCUCAGUGCUGAAAGUGGUACACUGUUCUUAAUGCAACAUCAACAGAAUAUUUUUCGACAUUUUCUUUUUCCGUCCUCCUCAGUCAUCAGCAGUAGUUUAAAGACUUCUGUCAUUCACACAAAAGUUGGAAUGGAAGGCUUGCAAAUGGGAAUAAGAACGGUGGAUUAUCUUUUUCUCUCUUUUAUGGCAUCAUGUUUUGUUAUGGGCAAAAAACAUGUCUGAACUGGGGCCCGUGCAGGGCUGUAAUCCACCUCAUCCAAAAGGUAUUUUGUUCUCUGUUUUCAUCUGGGAGCAUGCUCUUGAUAUAGCCUAUGUAGACUAUUUGACCAUUUUGUUGAGUUUAAAGGUUCCCCCUUAAAAAAUAAAAAUAAAA